AUGUGGUCGUCAGCUCUUCGGUCAGCUAAAAGCGUACUUCCUUAUGCAACAAGGAAUUACUCUACCCGGGCUCGACAUCUUAUGUCAAUCAGCGAUCUGACCGGUGCUGAGUUUUCACAACUGGUGUUAAAUGCUGCGGCUCACAAAAAGGCUGUUAAAUCCGGUGGCAUUCCGGCAGGCCUGAACAAAAAGUUAACGGGACAGACGGUAGCCAUGAUGUUCAGCAAGCUGAGCACCCGUACCAGAGUCUCAACGGAAGCUGCCGUGGCUAUGCUAGGAGGUCAUCCUAUGUUCCUUGGGAAAAACGACAUUCAACUAGGAGUAAAUGAGUCGUUGAAGGAUACGUCCAAAGUUAUCUCGUCUAUGACAUCCUGCAUGGUAGCUCGAGUCGGGCCUCAUAGUGAUGUUGCGGACUUAGCAAAGUACUCGAGCGUUCCGGUCAUCAACGCGCUGUCUAAUGAUUUCCAUCCCCUUCAAAUAAUUGCUGAUUUCCUUACGAUCCACGAGUCCAUUCCCAGGGCUCCUACAGAGAGCUUCAUACCAAAGGGGUUGAAGGUGGCUUGGGUUGGAGAUGCAAACAAUGUAUUAUUCGACUUCGCCAUCGCUUGUCUAAAAUUGGGUGUCGAGAUAUCAGUUGCUACGCCUCGGGGCUACAGCAUCCCACAGGACAAAGUAGAGUUGAUCACAAGUCAAGCCGAGUCUACACCCACACCAGGUGUUCUAAACCAAACUUAUGUUCCGGAGGAGGCCGUGAAGGAUGCCGAUAUCAUAGUAACUGAUACCUGGAUUUCCAUGGGCCAAGAAGAGGAGUCCAAAAAACGACUGAAAGAUUUCUCUGGCUUCCAGGUUAGCAACGAGCUGGCUAAGCGAGGUGGAGCAAAGCCAGACUGGAAGUUUAUGCAUUGCCUUCCUCGUCACCCUGAGGAGGUUGCCGAUGAGGUUUUCUACUCUCCUCGGUCCCUCGUCUUCCCGGAAGCAGAAAACAGGCUCUGGGCUGCUGUUGCGGCACUCGAAGGGUUCGUGGUAAACAACGGGGAAAUAUCCCCAACUUCCUAUACGUAG